GCUGCUACAACAACAACAACAACAGCUGCUCCAACAACAACAACUGUCCCAACCACUACAACAGCUGCUACAACCACAACAACCGCCCCAACCACUACAACUGCUGCUACAACAACAACAGCUGCUACAACCACAACAACUGUGGCACCAACAACAACAACAGCUGCUCCAACGACAACAACUGCUGCUCCAACCACAACAACAGCUGCUCCAACCACAACAACAGUGGCACCAACCACAACAACUGCUGCUCCAACCACAACAACACCUGCUACAACAACAACAACUGCUGCUCCAACAACAACAACAGCUGCUACAACAACAACAGCUGCUCCAACCACUACAACAGCUGCUACAACCACAACAACUGUGGCUCCAACCACUACAACAGCUGCUCCAACAACAACAACAACAGCUGCUACAACCACAACAACUGUGGCACCAACAACAGCAACAGCUGCUCCAACCACUACAACUGUCCCAACCACAACAACAGCUGCUACAACAACAACAACUGCUGCUCCAACCACAACAACAGCUGCUCCAACAACAACAACUGCAGCUCCAACAACA